AGGAGAAGGAAUCUAGUCCUGUUAACUUCCAGGAAGCAGUUAAACUCCAAUUAUGCUGAAUAUCUCUCUUUAGUGCAUAUGUACACACGACCGGCUUUCUCUGUGACCAGAUUUCUGACCGUACAGGAUAAAUCAGAAAACUUGGAGACAUAUGGUUGGAAAAUGAAACAAUCCAGGAGUGUUACUACAUCAUUAUAUUGUUGCCGUGUUGUUGCAGACGGGCUGUCAGUGAACACUGAAAUGAUAUGAAUGAAAAGAAGAAGAAGCCAUGGAAGAAAGCCCACUGCCAGACCUGAGAGACAUUGAACUGAAGCUUGGGCGUAAAGUGCCGGAGAGCCUGGUACGGUCGCUCCGUGGGGAGGAGCCGGGCAGGGACCGAGACAGAGACAAGGACAAGGACCAGGGCAGGGGGUGCAGCAGCAGUAGCAGCAACAGCAGCAGCAAUAACAGCUGCAGCUUGUCUCCCUCUUCUUCCUCCUCUUCUUCGUCUUCCCCAGCCUCUGGCUCUCCUAGAUGUUGCAACUCCAGUGCCCUGGAGAGACUGGAAACCAAGCUACAUCUUCUCAAGCAGGAGAUGGUGAGUAACGUGCUGCGUUCCCGCAGCAGGCAGGGCCAGGUUGGGCCAGAGGAACAGGGGUGCCAUAAGGGUGAAAGAAGGGAGGAGGGAUGUGUGACAAGUGUCGGGAUCGAAGCAGGGUAGAAGGGAGGAGGGUUCAAGAAAGGAAGAAAUGGAGGGAGAAUGUGCGUGAUGGGAGGGAGAAAAGAAUGAAGGGAGGGAAGCUACUGCCUAAAGUGCUUGUUUACACUGAACUUUGCUCGGUCAGAGUUCGCUCCAGUCAUAGCCAGAUCCUGCUCUUCCCUGUAUACUUAGGGAUAGAGCUGUCACUGUGCAUCUAGUUUUUUUUUCCUUCUCCUCCUCCUUCCCCUCCCCCACUUCUGCUCCUCUAGACUCUGCUCUACCCCACUGGUGAAUUGUUUAUUUACAUAAUAAUUAAGGAGGGAAAAGAGGAAAGAAAGAAAACUAAGGAAAAAAAAACUAGGAAGCUGUGUGGCUUUCUGAAAAGAGCAGCAAUCCUUGC